AUGGAUCUUCAAUUUAAUUACCUUGAAAAUGUCCUUAAUGCCAAUCGUGGAGAGAUCGCCGUCAGGUUAAUUCGAGCCUGUGCUGCUGUGGGAAUUAAGUGUGUCUCUGUUUAUACAGAGGCCGAUAGUAAUUCUGAACAUGCAAGUCUUGCAGAUGAAGGCGUCUUGCUGUCAGGUGAUAAUGUAAAGGGAUAUCUCGAUGCUGACAAUUUGAUUGAGAUAUGUAAGGCACACAAUGUUGAUGCUGUGAUCCCCGGGUAUGGAUUUCUCAGUGAGGAUGUCAAUUUUGCCCAGAAAGUUCAGAAUAACGGCAUCAUAUUCAUUGGGCCAUCAUGUGAAUCUAUUCUUGAGAUGGGCCAGAAACACCGUGCUCGUGCUGAAUCUGUAGGAGUUCCUGUGGUGCCAGGAAGUCCACUCCUGCAGACUGAACAAGAGGCAAUCGAGGCUGCCAAAAGGAUUGCUUUUCUAAUCAGGCUCAAAGCAACGGGUGGCGGAGGUGGCAUGGGUUUGCAAGUAUACAAUGAAGAAUCCGAUAUCCAAAAUGCUUUUGCUAUGGUGAAAGGUCGAGGCGAAUCGCUGUUUGGCAAUACUGGAGUUUUCAUGGAAAAGUACUUUCCCUCAAGUCGCCACGUUGAGGUGCAAGUGUUUGGCAACGGUCAAGACGUGGUGCAUUUCGGUGAAAGAGAAUGCAGCAUACAGCGUCAACACCAGAAGAUCAUCGAGGAAUGCCCAAGUCCUUACGUACACCAACAACCGGACCUCCGUAAACGAAUCACCGAAUGCGCGUUUCUGGUUGAUGACUCCACCGGUGAUUUUUUCUUUCUCGAGAUGAAUACACGAUUGCAAGUGGAGCAUGGUAUCACAGAACUGUGCUACGAUGUUGAUCUCGUGGCCCUGAUGCUGUCCCAGGCAGACUGGGAGAAAUCAGGGGCAACAGGAAUUCCGUCGGAGUACCUCCGCGGCCUACAGAAUGAUGAGCCCAAGGGUGCUGCCAUAGAAUGCAGAAUUUAUGCAGAAGUGCCUCACAAAAAUUUUGCCCCAAGUUCAGGCCUUCUUCAAGCCGUGACAUGGCCACAGGGUUCGGGGAUUCGAGUAGAUAGCUGGAUCAAAGCUGGUCAGAAUAUGUCGCCGCAUUAUGAUCCUCUGCUAGCCAAGGUCAUGGUGCAUAGUGAAAGCCGAGAGACGGCGAUGACAAAGAUGCUUGAAACGCUUGCCACUUGUGUUCUGCAAGGUCCGGCCAACAACCUACAAUAUCUGGGUGCGAUCGUCGCCUCAGACGGGUGUCAAAGAGCUCUCACGAACUAUAUUCGCAAUCCUUUCCAGGUCGGGUCAACAUUUGACACGGUGUUUCCCGAAGUGGUCUACCUGGCCUUCAAGGAAGGUCAACAGAAUGGCUUUGAAGAGCAGCUACCAAUCGAGCAAAAACUGCACUCAGAAUGGGCCGAAGAGGUGAAUUCCAAGGCGGCUUCUGGCGUGGAACUGGCCAAAGCUCUCCUUGACUCCACACCUGGUGCCAUUAAUAUCGAAUCUCCCCUGAACGCAAAUGUAUGGAAGAUAGAAGUGAAAGUGGGCGACGUGCUACGGAAAGAUCAGAUUGUCUGUAUAUUGGAGGCUAUGAAGAUGGAAAUCGCCGUCAAAGUACCGACCGAGGCUGUUGGAACUAAAGUCAGCGCGCUCGCUGUCAGUCCUGGGAGUAUGUUAGCACCUGGGGAAGCACUUGUCAUUGCUGUGUGCUAA